AUCGAAGCAAGCGCACCGCACGGCCCUCUAGUUUAGUCGAGUUGUUGGAGUAAUUAAAAGGGCACCCCCACUCGCGCCACACUUUGGCCUCCCACCGCCCACAUGCGCGCACAGUCCACUCCUCCUCCCUAGCUGCUUUGCUUUUCCGGCGAGCUGAGCUGAGCUCCGUCACACCAGUACCAGUAGUCUCAGACCAGCUCCGAACCCAACUAGCCGCCACCAGUAGGUGUAGGCAGGUCGCCAUGAGCAAGGAGAAGCACUACCGCGACUGGAUCCUCCGGCGCUGCUGCGCCGCCGUCUGCGCCUGCGUCCUCACGCUCGCCGCCGUCGUGGGCUUCAUCGUGCUCGUCAUCUACCUGGCGCUCCGCCCCUCCAAGCCCUCCUUCUACCUCCAGGACGUGCAGCUCCGCUCCAUCGACCUCAGCGACCCCGCGCUCUCCCUCAACCUCCAGGUGACGAUCGCGUCGCGCAACCCGAACGAGCGCGUGGGCGUCUACUACAAGACCCUGGACGCGUUCGCGACGUACCGGGACGAGCCGGUGACGGUGCCGGUGGCGCUGCCGGCCAUCUACCAGGGCCACAAGGACGCGUCGGUGUGGUCACCGGUGCUGUCGGGGGAGUCGGUGCCCGUGGCGGCGUACGCGGCGGACGCCAUGCGGCAGGACAUCGCGGCCGGGUACGUGCUGCUCCACGUCCGGGUGGACGGCCGCGUCAAGUGGAAGGUCGGAAGCUGGGUCUCGGGCGGGUACCACCUCUUCGUCAACUGCCCCGCGCUGCUCGCCGCCUGGGGCGGCGCCGCCGCCGGCGGGGCCUUCGCCGCCAGCGCCGCGGCCGGCGGCGCCGCCGUGCCCGCCGGCGUCAACACCACCGUAUCCCUCAAGUUCACGCACCCCGCCGACUGCACCGUCGACGUCUGAUGACCUCUCACGACGGCCGGCCGGGCGCCCGUUCAGUCGCCGUUCGUGCGUGCGUACGAUGACCCGUCGCUCGCGCGCGCGUAGCCAUCGAUGGAGCAAUCUUGUAGCAGUUGAACAAGUUCCUCUCCUAGUCUCCUUAAAUAUUGUUAUUUCCGCUUUCUUUCCGAACCUGUGCAGAAUAAAUAAUUAUUAAAGCUACUGUGCGUAAACACCCUCUGCCUCGUAGAUUAAUUUGCUAUUUAUAAUUAUGUAAUAUUUCCACCGAAAAUAGAAUUAAUUUCCAUCUAUCCGAGUGUAAAAUUCUAUUUUUGGGCUUA